CGCAUGGAGAAGGAGGUGAUGGAGAUCCGGAUCAGCGGAGUCCGGCACAUGUGCGCCCUGAUCCUGCUGCUGAUUUCUGCGUGUCCGCUGAGCUGCGCAGGAACCUGGAUGUGGCUGGGCAUGACUUCGGCCGUCGCGCUGGAGAAACUGGGCUGCGCGAACCUCCCUCUGAGCCAAAGACAGCGCGAGCUGUGCAGGAAGAAACCGUUCCUGCUGCCCAGCAUCCAGGACGGCGCCCGGCUCGCCAUCAGCGAGUGUCAGAACCAGUUCAGACACGAGAGGUGGAACUGCUCCACCACCAACGAGCUGUCGGUGUUCGGACACGAGCUGACAAGUGGAACCAAAGAAACGGCGUUCAUUUACGCGGUGAUGGCAGCCGGGCUGGUCCAUGCCGUCACGCGGUCCUGCAGUCAGGGCAACACGACGGAGUGCGGCUGCGACACCAAACUGCGGGGCGGCGGCGGUGUCGCGGCCGAGGGCUGGCACUGGGGCGGCUGCUCGGACCACAUCCAGUACGGGACCUGGUUCAGUCGCAAGUUCAUCGACAACACCGUCAAAAACACGUCGACCACCCGAGGAGGAUACACGCUGCUCGCCAUGAACCAGCACAACACGGAGGCCGGACGCCAGGCAAUCGACAAGACGAUGUCGACAGACUGCCGUUGCCAUGGCGUCUCUGGUUCCUGCGCGGUCAAAACGUGUUGGAGGACGAUGGCGGCGUUCGAACGCGUCGGCGUUUACCUGAAGGAGCGAUACGAGCGCAGCGUCCAGGUGUUGGACCGCUCCAAGAGGAAGACGCGGAGGAAGGAGCAGCGCCACCUGCCUGUCGACAAACACCAGCUCAUCUUCUUCAACAAGUCUCCCAACUACUGCCUGGAGGACCGGCGGCGGGGCGUCGCCGGGACCAGGGGUCGCCGCUGUAACCGGGCGUCUCCCGGACCAGACGGCUGUAACCUGCUGUGCUGCGGCCGAGGAUACAACACACACGUGGUGAGACACGUCCAGCGCUGCGAGUGCAAGUUCAUGUGGUGCUGCUAUGUCCACUGCCGCCGCUGCGAGAGCAUGAACGACAUGCACACCUGUAAAUAAAGACCCUGGACCCCGGAUCCCAUUUAGACUGUUCCAGGUCCUGGCUCCUGUAGAAACUGCUCUGUAUCCCAUUUAACUGCUAUUAAUCAUACUCUGGAUCCUGUUUGGACAUUUCUGGGUCUUCUUAAGUUUGCUCUGGAACCUGACCAGAUCCCGAUCCUGAAUCCUGUUCAGACUGUUCUGGAUCUUGCUCUGGAUCCUGUUUGGACUGUUCUUACUCCUUAAUCCUUUUCUGGACCUUGUAUAGACUGCUUUAGAUCCAGCUUAGACUGCUAUCUGGAUCCUGGUAGGACUGCUAUGGAUCAUUCUCUGGAUCCCGUUAAGACUGCUACAGAUCCUGUUUAGACUCUUCUGGAUCCUGGUCAAGACUGCGCUGGAUCCUAUACGGACUGUUGUGGAUCCUGGAUCCUUUUCUGACUGUUCUGGAUCCUUUAUAGACUACUCUGGAUCCUGUUUAGCUGGUUCUGGAUCCUUUAUAGACGACUCUGGAUCCUGUUUAGAUGGUUCUGGAUCCUUUUUGGACUCCUCUGGAUCCUGGAUCGGCAUUAGUCUCUGAAUCACAAACUUGUGGUUUAAAAUAUUAACAAUAAACAAAGAAAAGGUUUUUGUAUUUUAUUUUGGUCGUAAAACGUUUAUUUAUGUGUAAACAAUGAUGUGUUUUUUGUUACUUUGAGACAAUAAAAAAAACAAAACCCAGAAUCAGAUGUUUGUAAAAAUCAAAGACGGGAAACAUUGACUUUAACGUUAGAAAAUAAGAAGUAAAUGUGUAAGAAAAGUUUUCUCUUCCUUCUGUUUCAGCUGAAUUCCUCGUGUUGAGUGUAAAUGUUUGCGCAGGAAGUGACGACGCAGCGUCGGAUACCCGGAGAGUUUCCACUGACGCGGACGGACGCUGUCGUGUGAGUGAAUGACGUCACUGUGUCUGAAUGUUAAAUAAC